GCAAGUUAAAGUGGAGAAGAAGCUCACAAGUUCUGCGAUCAGUAGAGGGAAAAAACGGACGCCAUGGAAGGUACAGAAGGAACACAGCAACCUCACCUGGUUCUCGCUAACAAGCUAUUCCUUCUUACUCAUUCUGAUGUUGAUGACAUUGAAAAAGUUCGCCUCCGUGACGAAGUCAUGUCCACCGUGGUGGCCGACGAUAUGGCGCCGUUGUACGAAACCCUAGCUGCGAAUUCGGUGUUGGAGCUCGACCAGAAAGUUUUGGACUCGAUGCGUGCCAAGAUUGCCGAAGAGCUCAAGAAACUCGAUGAAAAAAUAGCCGAUGCUGAAGAAAAUUUAGGAGAAAGUGAAGUUCGAGAAGCUCAUUUAGCAAAAUCGUUGUUCUACAUUCGGAUUGGUGACAAGGAGAAAGCACUAGAACAACUCAAGGUAACUGAAGGUAAAACAGUUGCUGUAGGCCAGAGAAUGGAUUUGGUAUUUUAUACACUACAAAUGGGUUUCUUCUACAUGGAUUUUGAUCUUAUAUCAAGGAGUAUUGAUAAAGCAAAGAACUUGUUUGAGGAAGGAGGUGAUUGGGAGAGGAAAAACAGACUGAAGGUGUAUGAAGGCUUGUAUUGCAUGUCCACUCGCAACUUCAAGAAAGCCGCUGAUCUGUUCCUUGAUUCUAUAUCAACAUUCACUACUUAUGAACUCUUCCCCUACGACACCUUCAUAUUCUACACCGUUCUGGCAAGCAUUAUUUCAUUGGAUAGAGUUUCCCUAAAGCAAAAGGUUGUGGAUGCACCAGAGAUUUUGACAGUACUAGGAAAAAUUCCAUUCUUGUCAGAAUUCAUGAACUCCCUGUACGAUUGUCAAUAUAAAUCAUUCUUCUCUGCUUUUGCCGGGAUCACGGAGCACAUUAAGUUGGACCGCUAUUUGCAUCCGCACUUUCGUUUUUAUAUGAGAGAGAUCAGGACUGUUGUCUAUUCUCAAUUCCUGGAAUCAUACAAGAGUGUCACCAUUGAAGCGAUGGCAAAAGCAUUUGGCGUUACGGUUGAUUUCAUUGAUCUGGAACUGUCACGAUUCAUCGCGGCAGGGAAGCUCCAUUGCAAGAUUGAUAAAGUGGCGGGUGUACUAGAAACCAACCGCCCAGAUGCGAAAAAUGCGCUUUAUCAAGCAACUAUUAAGCAAGGCGACUUCUUGUUGAAUCGGAUUCAGAAGCUUUCUCGUGUUAUCGAUCUUUAAGCGUGUAAGUUUAUUCCAAUCACUUUCUCUUAAUUUGAGACUCUUGGUAACAAAACUUUGUAAUGGUUUCUAGACUCACAAAUGUCUUCUUUUUGUUAUGUUUGUUUUUGC